AGGCCUGCUAUGUGAAUCUAACACUUGGACACUAGAACAAACUUGAACUUCAAGAGCUUAGCUAUAAAAUCUCACCAGUGAUAUAUAUUAACAUGAAGAAAAAAAAAUAGAGAUGGGAAAGCCACAUGCACUACUUAUACCUUAUGCAGCACAAGGUCAUGUAAUCCCCAUGAUGGAGCUUAUGCAACGAUUAGUCAACCAAGGUGUAAAAGUCACAUUUCUUAAUACAGAUUUCACUCACAAACUGGUUACCAAUGCUUUCUCCACAGAUGAAAACUUGAAUGAUUUAGCAAGCUUUGUGUCACUCCCAGAUGGUGUGGAAGCAGAAGAGGACAGAAAGGAUGUUUGUAAAUUAGCAGAAGCAAUCUUUCAACUCAUGCCUUCAAAACUUGAAGAGCUCAUUAACAAACUUAACAUAAAUGAGGGAGAGAAAGUUACAUGCAUUGUUGCUGACACGUGUAUGGGUUGGGCCUUUGAAGUUGCAGACAAGAUGAGAAUCAAAAGUGCAGCUUUUUGGACUGCAUCCGCUGCAGGAUUGGCGUUGUUAUGGAGCAUCCCAAAGUUUCUUGAAGAUGGAAUCAUAGACAAUAAAGGGAUUCUCAUGAAGAAACAAAUGGUUCAAUUAUCACCGACAAUGCCUGCUAUAAAUUCUGAAAACUUUAUGUGGGCCCGCAUUGGUGACAUGAAGACGCAAGAAACUGCUUUUCAUUUCGCAAUAAAAACCAAUGAGUUUGUGAAGCUUGCAGACUGUGUAAUUUGCAAUUCAGCUUAUGAACUCGAGACUUCAACAUUCACUUCAUUUCCUGAUAUUUUACCAAUUGGCCCAUUAUUAGCAAGUAAUCGAGUAGCCAAACAGAUUGGCCAUUUUUGGAAAGAGGACUCCACGUGUCUGACAUGGCUUGAUCAACAUCCAAUAGGGUCAGUCAUCUAUGUCGCUUUUGGUAGUUUUACAGUUUUUGAUUCUAGACAGUUUGAUGAGCUGGCAGUUGGACUUGAAAUGACGAAUAUGCCCUUCCUAUGGGUUGUACGUCCUGACAUGUUUGAAGAUAUGAAGAAUGAUGGAUUUGAUGAUAGAGUAAGCGAACGUGGGAAGAUAGUGGGGUGGGCCCCACAGCAGAAGGUUUUGAAUCAUCCUUCUGUGGGUUGCUUUGUGAGUCAUUGUGGUUGGAACUCUGUGUUGGAAGGUGUCACCAAUGGGCUACCGUUUUUGUGUUGGCCUUACUUUUCUGAUCAGUUUAUUAAUCAGAUGUACAUUUCUGAUGUUUGGAAAACUGGAUUGGAGUUUGAAAAAGAUGAAAGUGGUAUUGUUUCAAGUGAAGAAAUCAAGAAUAAAAUUGAACAGGUAUUAGAAAACAAGGAAUUUAAGGUCAGGGCUAUUGAUCUUAAAGAAAAGGUUGCAGUUGCUGUAGGCGCCGAAGGUAGCCACUCUGAUAAGAAUUUCAGCAACUUCAUUGACUGGAUACAAGAUACAAAUAAUUAAUAUCACUCUAAUAUUGGUGUUUUUGUUUUUAUUUAUUAAGAUGUAAAAUAGUAAACACUAAACUCAAGUUUGUAUCAUAUUUUAACUUUUAUAUUCUUAAA